AGACAACCACAUCAAUUAUUACAACUGUUGUUGAUAAUGUAUCACAGUGAUGAUGUAUGAUAAUGAUAAUGCAUGUUGUUGAUAAUGCAUCCGCACAACCAGCGGCCAAGACCAGGUACGGCGGCGUGGGCUCCGACCCCAUUUCGAGGAUCGCGUUCCCAAAAAGGACUGUGGGCAUCUUCUCCGUCUCUGGUAGCCGCAUCAAAGUGACCGGACUCUCCACGCUCCGCGUCACCCACGUAAAGCUGUUUGGCGAUUCUGUGCUGACGAUUCUUCAGGUGAAGAAGUUGGUCAUCAAGGGCCAGUUCCUCUUGCAAUAUGGCCGAUUCAAGCAAAGAUUUACCCUCACUCUCACUAUGGGUGGUGUAAUAGUGUCAGGGAAGACAACUUUCAGCGGGGCCUCGGGGAGGCCUGUCGUGAAGGACAUCAAAGUCGACAUCCAGGUCAAUUCUAUGAAGGCGGACGUCGGCAAGAACCUACUGCUCGGUUCUCUGGUGGAAACCUGGAUCAACAACAACGAAAAACUGAACAAAGAAACCCUGCCGUGGCUGGCAAGGUUGAUGCGGUUUUGGCUGAAGAGCAUACUGACCAAAUAUUUGAAUGGCUAGACUGGGUCAUGACCUCUUGAGACUUACGGUUGAAUCUUGAGCUCAGUUCUGUUAGCAUUUGCAGUUUACAGUCUCAUCUUGCAUCACACAACACUUAAGUGCCGUUAAUAACCGGUCACCCAUUGCGUUCAAAUUCAUUUUUGCGCUGAUUCAUAGUGCAUCCUCGAUACAGAACCAUGAAAAACAACUAUCUAUUGCUCAAACAUGCUGUUAUUGCGUGAACAUUGAUCUAAAUAUUAUGACUGCAACCAUGUGGCUGCGUGGACAUUA